AGUAAAAUGAUUUAGCUCCUGCUGCUCAUUUGAUCAUUUUUUAAAGUUAAAACUAGAAGCUGCAGCAUUAAAAUUCUAUUCAUUCAUGGUGGCAUGCUGGAGCCUUUUCCUUUUAAAGGAGGCGAGUGGAGAGAGUGCCUCCUCAAGUCUAGAAGGGAAACUUCAGAUCCCACUGUGGACUUGUGCCAUGGUGGCAUCGCUAUGCGAGAUUUCAGAGUGUCCCAGUGUCACAGCCUCUGUGAAAUAACAUGUUUCUCUGCAUCCACCCGGGAUGAGGCUGCAUUACGGGCAUGAAACCCUUUGCACACCAUGUGACCCUGCAGCUGGGCUCUUUAGAAGAGGGUCCCACCAUAAAAAUAAAACAGGCCGGUGACUGGGCUCCUUCCUCUUGUGGCCCCCGACGUGCCACCCGGCGUCACAGGUGACCAGGCUGGCAGCUACAGGCCGCAGGGUGGAUGCGUGGUGACGGAGCUCAAUAGUGCGGCUGUCCUCCAGCGCUUGCGUAACCACACAGAUCCUCCAUCAUCUGAAAGCUAUUCUACUUCCAUGCUCUCCUGCCUUCAGGAUUUCUCUGGGAUUGUGCUCAACAUGCACGCUCCCAAGCCAGCGUAGCUCGUGGUGUCUAGAGGAGAGUUUGGUGUGAGGGUGUGUAAAUAGGCUCCUUGCCGCCCAGAGAUGGGCUCUGUGGGUGCAGAGCGUCGUAGGCCCACACCGGCUCAGAUGCCCGAGGAGAGGGAUGUCUGGAGGGAUGAUGGAGGAAGAGCUGGAUGGAGGGACGGAGGGAGGGAGGGCUGGAGGGAGGGCAGAGAGAGCGGCGUGGUGCAGAGCUACAGUUUCGACUCGUACCAGCUGGAAGAGGAGGAGAUCAGUAAAGACGCCCCGGAGCGAGGAGUGCUGGCGCUUUCUGAGCCCGACUUUGAUGAGCCGAUCCCUGACGACCGUUACCAUGGCAUCUACUUUGCAAUGCUUUUAGCUGGUGUGGGAUUCCUGCUUCCCUACAACAGUUUCAUCACUGAUGUGGACUACCUGCACCACAAGUUUGAAGGGACGUCCAUAGUGUUCGACAUGAGCCUGACAUACAUCCUGGUGGCUCUGCUGGCCGUCAUCCUCAACAACGUGCUGGUGGAGCGACUCAGCCUGCACACCAGAAUCACUGUGGGUUACAUAUUGGCUUUGGGGCCGCUGAUCUUCGUCAGCGUGUUUGAUGUGUGGCUCGCCAAGUUCACCACCAGGCAGGCUUACAUCGUCAACCUUGUGUCAGUGGGAGUGGUGGCUUUAGGAUGUACAGUGCAGCAGUCUAGUUUCUAUGGUUACAUGGGGAUGCUGCCCAAGAGGUACACACAGGGGGUGAUGACUGGAGAGAGUACUGCAGGUGUGAUUAUCUCCCUGUCGCGCAUCUUCACCAAGCUGCUGAUCCAGGACGAGAGGACGAACACGCUCAUCUUCUUCCUCGUCUCCAUCAGCAUGGAAAUGCUCUGCUUCCUGCUUCACCUGCUCGUUCGCCGCUCUAAAUUUGUCUGCUACUACACCAACCACGCCCAAGGCAAAGGGCCGGUCAAAGGUCAUGACCCGCACGACAGCGGGACCGGAUACCGAGUUCACCAUGAUGUCACCGCAGAGGAAGUAAGAUUUGGAAACGGUGGGACGGCACCAACCCCAACAGAGGAAGUCGUUGAGGACUUUGAGGGCGGAACGUAUGUGCGAUUCGACGCCCCAAAAGCCAAGAUAAGGAGGAGCUGGCCUGGUUUCCGCGACAUGGUCUUGCAUCGUUACGUGGUGUCCCGUGUGAUCUGGGCCUACAUGCUGUCUAUAGCGGUGACCUACAGCAUCACCUUGUGUCUGUUUCCGGGGCUGGAGUCAGAAAUACGGAACCCCACCUUAGGGGAGUGGCUGCCCAUCCUCAUCAUGGCCACCUUCAACAUGUCGGACUUUGUUGGCAAGAUCCUCGCAGCGCUCCCAUACGACUGGUCCGGGGGCCGCCUGCUCUUCUUCUCCUGCCUGAGGGUGGUCUUCAUCCCUCUGUUUGUCAUGUGCGUGUACCCGGCCAGCGCGCCCACCCUGUCCCACCCCGCCUGGCCGUGUCUCUUCUCCCUCCUCAUGGGAGUCACCAACGGCUACUUCGGGUCGGUGCCGAUGAUCCAGGCUGCCGGAAAAGUGCCGCCCGAACAGAGGGAGUUAGCAGGGAACACCAUGACGGUCUCCUACAUGACUGGCCUGAUGGUGGGCUCCGCCGUGGCUUACGCCGCUUACAGCUUCGCUGCUCCUGGACCAGCAGCACACGUCUCCACGCUCAACAUGCACACCCCGACCAACGCUACCGGGUACUAAAUGUCCCCACGCGAUUAAACACGAGCACGGAUGUAAACACGCAUACGGGCACACACACACACACACACACAGUUGAAGCCAUUUACAAACAAAAGAUUGUGGCCAGGAGAAGCAGCAUAGGCUGGUGAACUGGAGUCCAGCCGCGGCGGACAGAAAGACAUCUGUAGAGAACUAUUUAAAGGUUCAUGUUUAUACUCUGAGAGGCGUAUUUCCCUUGGUCCAGAUCAUGCUUCCAUCAGCCCCGCCGGGUUAAGAAAGUGGAAAAAGAUGCAACGAAAACGGAGAAAGUCGAGUUAAACAGUAAAGCGUUUCUCAACUGUGUCAUCCUUCAAGGUCCACUGACCUUCAAAUGUCACGGCUCUGCUUUUUGAACUUUUCCCUGGAGAGGAAGAACAGGGGCUGGACAUCUGUCAACACAAGUCCUUAGAGUGUCUCACAGUGAAAAUAUUGUCUGCAUGUGUGUGCAAACAGACUGGCUGACAUUUGCACUGUGUGAGUGUCAUAUUUGCUAGUUUAAUGGAAUCUGAUGAAAUGUCUAAGUGCACAGCUUUAAAUUGAAGAGUCAUCAAACAUAUAAUAAUAAUUUACAUUUUGAUUUUACUGUGCCUUAUUGGAAACAGUUUUAUAAUUCAUGACAUAGAAGAUCCUGUAAAUACCUGAUUCUCUCUGAUUUAGUCAUUUCAAUUAUAAGAAUCCACAGAAUGUAUGUCUAUCCGGUUUGUCUCCACUCAGCUGUUUAUUGAAUCUGAAUUAGAAAAAUGUUGUUUUUUUUUUUUCAAAGAUGAUGAAAAUGAUUCUUAUCAGGAAAAAAAACACUUUAUGGAGCAAUUAUAAUGAUGUGCAUUAGCAGCUGCUGUAACCUUUUUAUUUAUAAUAAUGAAUAGAGAAAAGAAAAUGGGCAAAUUUCAGUCCGCUCCAUUUGGGUUUCAAGUUGCUUCUUGUACCCUCGGAUUAAUGGAAAGAGAACAAAAGGUUGGUUUAUAUGUACCAGAAGAAGAUAGCUGUGUGUUACGGUUGUGAUUUUGAAAACAGGGCCUGUGUUCCCCCUGCGUGCCUCUGAGUGGUGUCUGUGUGUAACAUUCAUGUAACCAUGUGCAAUAUGUCAAGGAAAGAUUAUACGUGCCAAAAGGUCUGCCUGUUUCUGAUCUGAAUGUAAUUCUGUGAACAUUAAACAGAAUGAAACUUGUAAAUAUAUAGAAUGAAUUGUACUCAAGGUGUUAAAGAGCUCUAAUUUUUAAACAGCCACUAUCAGAUCGAUAUUUUCUUCAGGUCUAUUUAGUGAGCCGAUUCGGUGGACACUUGUUUCCUUCUGCUUUCAGCCCCCCAGCUUCUUUCUCUGUGUCCCCUGUUGAAUUUGAUAGACGUUUUAGUUUCAGACUAAUAAUGAAGUAAAAAGGCUUCACUACAAUAUGGAGGAGACGGCUUAGGUGGAGCCUAAUGUCCGAGCCGUUUGAAGAAGGGCCCGCUGCCCUCGGGGGGGAUAAACUCAUUACUAUGCAUGUCCCACUGUGCUGACGGUGUCACGUUGCUGCAGGCCUCUCCUUUCUGUUGGGGUUGAAGGUGUAUUUAGUUAUUUAUGGUGAGAUGUGUCGUCAAAGCACAUGAAAAGUACAUUUCUCCAUCUCUCCCUGGUUGAAACCUCAGGGGGGGGUUCAGAGUGAUCCGGCAUUUCAAACAGCUGCACGUUAAACUCAUAUUUCUUUCAAGCCUUUGCGCUAAUUCAAAGUAAAAGUUUGACAUUUGGAUAAAUUCAAUUAUUCACUUUCUUGAGGAGAUUUAGAUGAGACCUCAAAGGAAAAAAUCCACCUAGCAGCCCCUCCUAUUUAACAUGAUGUAUUUCAUUUUUUUAAUCUUUUAAAACGUCAGCACAUGAAAAAAGAGAAACUAAAAUAGUUGUUUUUUAUUAUUAUUCUUUGAUUAGUCCCUAUAAGUUAGACAUUUAAGUACGUACAUUUUGUUACCUUGGGAAAGAGCCAGUGUUUCUCCAUGUGUACACUCUUUAUGCUAAGCUAAGCUAACCGACUUCUGGCUCCAGGUUUGUAUUCACUGGAAUAAUGAGAGUGGCAUCCCUCUGUGAAUAACUGAUUACUUUAGCUUCAUGACACUAAUUUGAAAUUAGAAAAUCAGCCAGACAGGAUAUCUUCCCAUAAAUCAAGCUAUGGUUUGCUGCGCUGGAGAAACUGAAUCCGAACAUAAAAAUGAGAACUUUAAAGAUGCUUUGAUCUGUCACUAACUACUUUAAGAACGACAGUAUCCCUCAGUUUCUUUAUCAUGAUUUAUCAAUUAUGACCACACACAGACCCUAAGACAGGAUGGAAUAUUUGGAAAACUAUAGAUCAGAAAGUAAAGAUACUUAUGAUGGGAUCAAGGUUACUCCUCUUCUGGGGACAACAUCUCCUGAUGCUGAGAAACACAAUAAUCAGUUAAAGAAACUAAACAAAAAAACAUUCAAUCUUGUAUUCUGUCAACUGCCAUGUGACUUCCUAUUUUUGUUUUUCAAAUAUGUAAUUUUUCUCCCAACUGACAGCCACGAAUUUAUUCAGAAACCACGUCAUGCUCACAAAUGCAGACUUAACACUCUGACUGCGCACUGUGAAACACCAGGAUGAUGUAACGCAUACAAACAUUACAUUGUGCAUAUAUGUAUAUAUCUAAUGCAACAAAAGAUAUUCUGCUUGAUAUUUGUGAGAAAAAGAAUAGUGAUCAAGUUGAACAAAUGGUUCACUAUUAAACUAUUAAAAUCCAGCCUAUUUGAGUGUCUAUUUUAGAUUUUUGCAAAAUAUGUGCACGAAGCAGAAUGAUGAACACACCUCCUUUCUUUCAGGAGUAGGAGGAGAAUUAUCAAGAGUUUGAUAAAUCAGUAGGAGUUUUAAAGCUUAACUGUGAUUUUAGCAAAUUGUGGCCUUUCAGCUCUUGAUUAAUGCUUUACAAAGCUAUUUAUACGUUACAAAUACUAUACAUUGCUCAAUCAAAAUGUGACGAACAUCCUUCAGAUCAAAAUUCUCCAAUGGUUUUGACUGAGUUUUUGUUUAAAUGUCACAUGAUUUCAGUGUCCCAGCAGUCUGUUUGUGCCAAUACGAACCUUGUCCAUUUGUCGGCGCUUAAUAAAGUUGUUUACAUCUGU